AUGAGCUCUCCAGCCCUUGCUGCCAGUCCUCACCGCACCAGCCACAGCCAGGAUCCCCCGCCAGACGUCAUCCCAAACAACUCCACCGCCCCCGACUCCCCGCCCCCGCCAGCGAACGCCCUCUCCCCCCAGAACGCUCCAGCCAACGGCCAGCAACGUCCGCCCGCCCAGCCCAAGCGCAGCAACUUCGACCUCGAGCCCAACCCCUUCGAACAGUCUUUUGCUCGUCCUACGAACGACUCUUCCCUCCGUACUCAACAACAGAGCCCCGACUCUGCCGCCCGCUCCUCCGCCUCUCGUUCGUCGCACGAUGAGUCCCGCCCGUCCUCGAAGGCCAACGAACACGACGACGCCCCAAAACCAACACUACCCCCCAUAGACGCAAUCAAUUCCCCCUCCGACUCGUCCUACGGCUGGGGAUUUUCGUCCGCGGGCCUAUCCAACUCGCUCCGGUCUGGGCCCCUCUCUCCUGCCAUGCUCGCCGGGCCUCAACCAAACUCCAACGAUCACCCACUCCCGGCCUUCGACCCCACAACCUUCCGCACUGGGCUUACCCCACGUACUGGCCUAACUCCGGGCACGGGCCUUACCCCCAUCAUGAGCUCCGUCUUCCCUCCACCGUCACCGGGUACCAACGCCUGGUUGCAGCUCAUGAACUCCAAUUCCGCCGCAUCUCUCUCGAAUGUUGCGACCAUCACUCCCAACACACUCUCCGCCAUUACGGGUGCUCUGCCAGGAGGUCCCCACACAAGCACGUCCCCCACCAACCCCUCACCCCUAUCGAUGUCGCACACCGCGUAUGGAGCCCAUGCACGCAACGAACCUCCUACCUCCGUCGCGGGCUCCUACGUCACCUCCGCUGCUGAGGCCGCAACCAACUCCACCAAUGGCCUUUUCCUCCUUUCGCAGGCUCACCAGGAGCUUACUAAGCGAGAACAAGCACAGGCGGCUGCUGCCAAUGCUCAAACAAAUACUAUCGCCGGUUCGCAGACCAACGGUAACGGCAAUGGAGUUGCUUCCGCAAACGGCAAGCGGGGGACAAAGCGGAAGAACACAUACGAUGGGUCUCCCACUGCCGAGAGUCCCGAGUUCUCCGUGCAGCAGCCCGCGAGCAAGGGCGGCGCUUCGAAGCGUACGCGCUCCAACGCGAGUACCACCAGCGCGAGUCGGAGCAAGCGUGGACGUUCGGAGAGUAUCGACUUCGGCGACAUGGGCGAGGAGGAAGAGGAAGACGACGAUGACAUCAUGAUGCAAGGGGCCGGCGCUGGAGGGAAGAAGGGCGCUGGUGGUCAAUCGAAGAAGCCGGAGACAGAGGAGGAGAAGCGAAGAAACUUCCUCGAGCGCAACCGACAAGCUGCGCUCAAGUGUCGGCAACGGAAGAAGGCUUGGCUCGCACAGUUGCAGGCGAAAGUCGAGUAUCUGUCGAACGAGAACGAGCGGUUGACUUCCGCCCUCGUCGCCUCACGAGAAGAGAUCGCUCGACUGUCCGCCCUCGUCGGCGCGGCGUCCGUCGGCCAACCAGUGCCGCUCCCUGUGUCCGGCGCGGGUGGAGGCGUGAACGUCGGGCAAAACGGCGGUGCCAACGGCGUUAACGGGCACGGCGGUCCCGGCGGGCCUCCGAUCAGCGUGAACGUAAGCCUCCCACCACCAGGGAAGAGCGCGGUCGCGAUGGUUGGGGGCGGCGGGCGGGGCUACGGGUACUAGGUGACCCGUCGGCCCCCUAGCCUCGCCUUCGGACCGCCCUGCGGCACUAUCACCGCCGGCGUAUCCCGCGAGAGCCCACGAGAGAGGGCUCUCCGCGUCGAGGUGGUGGGUGUGUGCGUGCGGGGUGCGUGUGCGCCAUUGCGGACGCGCCCGGGGGCGUCGGCGGGGAGGCCAUAUACAUGACGGCCAGAGAUCCCUACGCCGGCUGCCGCUCGUGCGAGGUUCUGCGACGCGCUGUGUUGGACUUGGACUCGUUCGAGAUGUUGUACAUGCUGCUGCUGUUGUAUGUUGGAGAUGGAGACGCAGUUAUGCUUGGUGCUUGGGAGUAGCAGCCGUGUGCGUGCAGCGCGCGCAGGCACCGUAUGAAGUACAUUAAGCGUAUAAGAGUAUUGAGUUAUAGCACAUACAUGUCCUUUAGUGAUCCGUCUCGUCCCGCUCUCUUGCUUGUCCUGUUUACUUACUCUCUCUUGGUGCAAUUACAUCAUGCUCACAUC